ACACAGCGGCAGAAGGGCAACCCCCUGCACACUGAAGCUCUGCCCUGCUGCUGCUGUAGGGCUGGAACAUUCCUGCUCUGACGAGCUGCUGAGCAAUAUGAUCCCCUCUCUCUCUCCGUGUGUGUAGAAAAGACACUAGUAGUAGAGAGAGUGAACGUGUGCAGGGAAAAGAGAGGACUGAAGGUAAACAGUUAGACGAGUAGGGUUCACUUACUACGAACUUCCCCGGGAUCUGAAGGUUUGAGUACGUACUUUCACUCCGCGGCGUGCACGCGCCUGUACGUCUGGGACAGAAAGCGAGUGAAACGGCGUAUCUUUUCUAUUUUUUCCCCCCGUUGUUUUGCUCUUUGCGCCCGCGUCUAAUGGAGGGCCCCGUGCGGAUCUGCCAUCAAGAGAAUGUGUUUCACUGCUAGUGUGUCCUCCUGGAAAAGGUGUGCAGUGUGUGUGGAGGGGGUGUGUGUGAGGCCCCAGGUUAGUGCACAGAGGUGAAACAGCGUCAUGGAGGACAGUGGCCUGAGAUUAUUGUCUGCUGUGCUGUGCAUCUGCCAAACCCUGCUCCUCAACUGCCCUUCUGUCCUGUCUCUCUCUUUUCGUGUGGAGCCUCUCUCUGUGGUACAGAAGCAGGGUAGUGCGGUCCACCUGCGUUGCACAGCGCAUCCAGCCACUGCCAGAAUCAGCUGGCUUUUUCAGGGUCAACCACUAGACCCUAGCCACCAGUCUGGAGUGGAACUUAGUCCAGGGUCCCUUUCUCUGUCAUCUCUCCAAUCAGCUCUCACAGGCUCCUACCAGUGCUUGGCACAGUCCGAGACAGGCUCCAUCAUCAGCCGGCAUGCACGAGUUCGCAUUGCAGAUAUUGAGAGGUUUGCCGAGACCCAUCGGAGGACAUUUACUGUAAACAAGGGCGAAACUGCUUUUAUCGAAUGCCCACUUCCUCGCAGCAACCCACCUGCUCUCCCACGUUUCCGGAUACGGGGGAAAUGGCUGGAACAGUCAACAGACGAGUAUUUAAUCCUGCCUUCCGGGACCCUUCAGAUUGUCUCAGUGUCUUCAGAACAUCAGGGCAUGUAUAAGUGUGGUGCUUAUAACCCUUUAACCCGAGAGACUCAAGUAGAGGCUCAUGGCACUAAACUCAUAGUCAGAGAUUCAGAAGAUCCUUCACCUGUAAGGAUCAUCUAUCCCAUCUCCUCUCGCAAUCUUACAGUGGACCAAUCUGGAUCUCUGACGCUUGAGUGUGUCGUAUCAGGAAGUCGUUCUUCAAAGGUCAAAUGGAUUAAAGAUGGAGUGGAGCUUUCCUUGAGCUCCAAAUGGAUGUUGUUGCAAAGCAACCUGGUGUUGAAUGAUGUUCAGCUGAGUGAUGGAGGACAUUAUUGCUGCUCUGUUCUGACUGAUCAUGGAGCUGUGGUCAGUGUCAACUACACUGUGAAUGUGCUUGCACAAGUAAGCAUCCUGCAAGGUUUGUCAGAUCAGGCUGUGACAGAGGGCUCCUCCGUGAGAUUUACCUGUGCUGCCAAUGGUAGUCCAACCCCAAACAUCACAUGGUUCCUCAACUCCGCCCCUCUUGCUACUUCACCCCGCCUUCAAAUUGCUGGCCCCUCCCUUCACAUCUCUUCAGUAAUGGACCAAGAUCAAGGAAUCUACCAGUGCCUGUUUGACAACGGAAUUAGCUCUGCACAAUCAGUGGGAAAACUCAGUGUCCAAUCAGAACCCCAGUCUAGUUCCAUGUCUGGAGCUCCCAUGAAGACUGAGCCUUCUGUCCACCCUAUCCAGAGCGAUGAGGGUGAUGAUCUGUUCCCCUCCAUACGGGAGGGGGUGACUGGUGAAACUACAGGACUGGCCACUGAGAGAAUCAGCGAUCAACCUACGCCAGAAGCACCAAUCAUAAUCAGCCCACCUCAAACGCACAAACCCAACAUGUAUGAUCUAGAGUGGCGAGCAGGUCGGGACUGGGGCAUCCCUAUCAAUGCAUACUUUGUUAAAUACCGCAAGGUGGACGACAUGGGUCAUGUGGUGAGGAACUGGCACACGGUGCGGGUGCCAGGCAGUGAGAAGUCCCUGCCCCUGUCUGAGCUGGAGCCGUCCAGCCUGUAUGAGGUUCUGAUGGUGGCCCGCAGCGCUGCAGGAGAGGGCCAGCCCGCCAUGCUGACCUUCCGCACUGGAAAGGAGAGGACGUCCUCUAAUAAGAACCCCUCCAAGGCUCCGGUUGUGCCUCUUCCAGAGAAAACACUGGAAGAUAAAACCACCAACACUUACUAUGGAGUGGUCAUACAUGACAGAGUUCCCGAGGCCCCAGACCGCCCAACUAUCUCUAUGGCGACAGAAAGCUCUGUUUAUGUCACUUGGAUCCCACGAGCCAAUGGUGGCUCUCCAAUCACAGCCUUCCGUGUGGAGUACAAGAAGCAGGGCAAAAGUGGGGACUGGAUCAUCGCGGCCGAUAAUAUCUCACCACUUAAACUGUCUGUGGAAGUGCGCAACCUGGAACCAGGUUCCACAUACCGUUUCCGUGUCAUUGCCAUGAAUACCUAUGGUGAAAGCCCUGCUAGUGCCACCUCCAGGCCGUACCAGGUCUCCCUGUCCAAUCCACCCGUCUCAAACCGUCCCAUCACUGGCCCUCACAUCUCUUCCACGGACGCUGUCAGCGAUACUCAGAUCAUGUUACGCUGGACUUACACUCCCUCCAGUAAUAACAACACACCCAUCCAGGGAUUCUACAUCUACUAUCGGCCAACAGACAGCGACAAUGACAGUGACUACAAGAGAGAUGUGGUGGAAGGCUUCAAAUUCAGUCACUUGAUUGGUCACCUCCAACCGGAGACGUCGUACGACAUCAAGAUGCAGUGCUUUAACGACGGCGGCGAGAGCGAAUAUAGUAACGUCAUGAUCUGCGAGACUAGAGCCCGUCAACCUCCAGGUGUGCCCAGCCAGCGCCCCAUUACCCCUCCAGACUUUUCCCCUGCAGAUACACCCAUCCAGCCGGGCGGCCUGCUCUACCUGAUCGUGGGCUGUGUUCUGGGCGUCAUGGUGCUCAUUCUGCUGGUCUUCAUCGUCAUGUGCUUGUGGAGGAACCGACAGCAGAGCAGUCUGCAUAAAUACGACCCUCCAAGUUACCUGUACCAGUCUGCAGAGAUGAACGGCCAUGUUCUGGAAUAUUCCACGCUGCCCGGCUCCAGUCAUGUGAAUGGAAGCGUGCACUCGGGCUGUGGACACACCGCUCCCAUGAUGCCCCAGGCCUGCCAUCACCUCCACCACAAGCUGCCGAAUGGUCUGGCUUUGCUGAACGGAUCAGGUGGCCUCUACCCUCCUGGGCAUCCGCACACACAUGACGCCUCUCUGCCCCACAACACCAUGGAGUACGAACACUCACACCCUCAUCACCUUCAUAACGGUGGAGGGAUAUACACGGCUCUGCCCCAAAACGACUCGUCGGACUGCAUGAGCUGUCAAAACUUCUGCAACAACAACAGGUGUUACACAAAAACCAAUGGCACUUUCUCGGGCGGUACUCUCCCUCUAAUGCACCGCGUGGCAGCGCGCCAACCCGACGGGCUGGAAAUGAUGCCCCUCAACACCGUUUUGUCUCACUACCAUGGACGUGACAGCCCGCAGGAGAGAGAUCCAGCCGAAGAGGCAGAGGAGGGCAAUGCUCCACCCCUUUCCCAGAAUUCCACUUGUCUGCCAGUGGAAACAAAAUCCACCCUCGAGCAGCAGAGAGGAGUUCAGCCCGUGCAGCAUGAAGACUCGGAGGGUCCUGUGGUGUGUUGGGAACGGCUGGGACUGCCUGAUCUGGACUGUAAGGAAAAAACUGCCUGGAUCUCUACUGGAAGCCUGACUGGAGAUCUCAUCCAGCCUACCAUGCAAGAGAUCUGAACACGUUUAAAGCAGAAAACACUUAUGCAUCAAACACACUAAAAGAGAGAAAUUGGGAAUUGGAACAUAAAUGAAUAAUAAAAAAAAUGAAACGGCCGGUGAUGGAUUGGUCAGAGACAUUGUGUGACUCGAAAUGGACACUUAACUGACUGCUUACAGAGCUGGAGAAGACUGACAAGAGUACGAAGGACAGAAGAGACUUUUAGGCAAAAAUGAUGGAAGACUCAAAGGCUGAAAUGAUCCCACUUGUGAGAGGACUUUUAAAAGUAAAAACUCUUUAGAUGACUUAUUUAUUUUUUGUAGUAGUAAAAUAUUAUUUCAUAUGAAUGUAUCUGUUGUAAGAAAAAAAGUUUCUUUUAUAUUAUUUAUGCCUUUUUUUUUUUGAGAAGCUUUUUAUUUUUUGUUGUUUGAUUUCAUUUGUAAUUUUUUUUGUUUGCUCCACACAAUGUGGAGCUUAGCCAUUGUAUGUGUAAAGUUUUGUAAUAAUAUAAAGAGAAGAUAAAGUAUUACAGCUGUCCAUUUACUCCUCUGAGGUUUUAACACUAUACCAUACUUUCAGCUCUGCCAAACUGCCAGAUUUUGAGGAAUAUUAACAUGGUUUCAUAUGGCCCCUCAACAUGGUUUAUUGCACCCCUAAAACACGUGUUAUCCACAGCUAGGAAGCCAGGAAGCUUGCAAGCUCGCAACUAAAACAUUUGGUUUUGUGGUCUUCACCUAAAAUUAGUUUGCUCCCACAAUAAUCAAUAAAGCAGUCUGCACUGUCGGUGUCUGAGGGAUAUCAGAAAUAUCCGCUCAAGUAUCUGGUAAUUGCAACAGCUUUUUGAAGUUUCCCACAGUCAGUCCCCACAGCCACACUUCCUCACUGCUCUCCACGUCUCUUUGUUAACCAUAAACAAAUAUGCAAGUGCUUGAAUGACCUUUGACCUUGCCAGACUGUGUUGAAAGGCGCUGGUCGUGGUGACAUCACGUGAGUGUUUUUGUUUGGUUGCAAGGUGGAGCUCAUUACUGUGGUCUCCUUAUUUCAGCUUCAGAUGUGGUUUGUACUCAAGUUGACUGUCCACAGAUCCCCAAAGUGUGGGUGGUGCAUUUUAACAGCCGAUUUCAGACUGGCUGGAUUAAUAAAGAUGUGUUUUCAUAGUUCUUCAUAAUUCCAUCUCUCAUGGGAUCUGGAUAAAUUAUUAUUAUAAUAAUAAUUAUUUUUAUUUUUUAUUUUUUUGAGAUACGAGAGCUUGGUGUACUAUGGAAACACACCGUAACUUCCAGACCCAAAACAUCCUCCACCAUCAUUCAUAAAGAGCUUUUACUUAUACUGGGCUUCAAAAAUGUCUCCUGAACUUUUGUACUGAUCACUGAUUUUAUCAUUAAUUUUAUGUUCCCUUAAUGUCAUCUUGACCUCCCUGUUCACAUAGAGACUCCUGGCUACACCCUUCCUGUAAAAGAAAGCUCUGAUACUCCCCGUCUAUAGCUCAUCCAAAGCCGACUCUUCCAGUAUUAUAGGAAAACAGAUAAGCUCAUAUUGCUGAUAUAAAAUAUAUCCUCUAGCUUUUUUUUGUUUAUUAAAGAAAUUUUUUUCAUAUAAACAUUAUGAGUGAUUUAUGUUUUUCAGAACUUCCACAAGGGGCAGUAUAGCAGGAAUUGGUGGAAUUAUUUAAUUGUCAGUUUUCACUGUUGUCAUGGUGGAGAAACAGUUUGGAGAUAACCUCCCAAAACAAAAUGAAGUCAAUGUUUAAAGCAACAUUCUGAAAUAUUAAUGCAGACAUAUUAAAUGCUUUUUUAUUGC